AUGCGACCACCAAGAAUUGUAUUAAUUAUUGCCUUCCUCGUUACUAUUUACUUCCUCACCCUUUUAUCUGUGCCGUUCUCUCAUUCACAGGAUGUAGCCGCUUCCACGACAACCCGCAAGAGUGGCAUUCAAUCGUUAUUCUCCUUCCGAGCUCCAUUCUCACUCUUCCCUCCCAAUGCAAUCAUAACCCUCACAAAUGAUAAUACGACUGCUUUCCUGGCAAGGCCUGCUGCUUUUGGGCCCUUACUACCCAACGAAGGAUUAAAAGGGCAGUUAUGGAUAGGGAGUGGGUUUGGAGACGAUAGCAUACGGCAAGGUCCUGUCGCCUCCGGUGCUGAAGGCGAACUAGGCUGUAGUGAUGUGCCGGGUUGGGUCGAUAAUUUUGCAAAGUCUGGCGCGAUAGAAGGAGUUAAAUCUGGAGAUGAUAAAUCUGCGACGACUGCGAGUAAAUCGAAAACAAACAAGAGGGCACAUGAAGAUGAUGAAACUUUCAUCGAUCGUACACCGGGCAGUUCCGCGAAGGGUAAAGAUAAUGUUGAAGGGCCCUCGGUCGACGACGGUACCGAUGAUUACCUUCAUCAUCCUCUACUAGGAUCAACAGUAUCAAAACAUACGGACAAGCAACCCACGGACCUGAAGGCAAACCAUGCAGAUAUUCAAUCUAUACAGGAAGGUGCGGAAAUCGCUGGAAAGGUCGUCUUGUUGAGCCGUGGAGGCUGUGGAUUUUUGGAAAAGGUCAAAUGGGUACAACGUAGAGGUGGGAUUGCUUUAAUUGUCGGUGAUGACAAAAGUGGCGGGCCACUAAUUCAGAUGUAUGCUCGGGGCGAUACAUCAAAUGUGACCAUCCCAGCCAUCUUUACAUCCCGUACCACGGCACAUUUACUCUCUUCUCUCAUAGGGCCAGGUGCAUAUAAGGAAGAUGUGCUGGAUGAGGGUGGUAAAGCAACAUUGAAGGUUCAAAAGAACGAUAAGUCGAAGAAUGUUUCGAAAAAGAAGAAGACGAAGGAAUCCCAGCCUACGUUUACAGCUACCGCUGCAACACCCAAAGCUACAAAGGCAGCUCGAACGAAUUUGAAGAAGUCGUCUAAAAAAGCAUCUUCAAAGGCCGAGGAGAAAACUACAACAAUUGAAACACGAAAACCAGGUUGGUUUAAGUCGUUGUUCUAUGGAACUGGCGGACGAGGUUCUGUAAAGGACAGCAGUCGACCACCGAGCAGUGGCCAACUUGAUUGGGUUCUUGUUGAUGACUGGAAGGACGAUGACAAUGCCGGCACGAAGAAAAUAUCCACCGCCAAACUCACCGGUCAGGAAAAGGUGGAUGCAGAGAAAAAGUCGCAACAAACUAGCAAGGGUUCAAACACGGCUACAUCAGGGGAUGAUUUUGUUAUUGGUGUUCAGGAUUGGCGUGAUCCGGAUUUAGUAGGGUCAUCUGAUAGCAAGGAUUCUGAAAAGAACUCGGAAACAGGUACCACGAAGACAUGGGGGAAGUCUGAUACAAAUAAGGCAAAAAAUGAAUCACCACAGCCGACAACGGCAGGCAAGAAAAAUUCAGGUAGUAUCACUGAAGAAGGGACUGAAGUUACACCUAAAUUACGAGGUGGGAGUAUCACACCGGGUAGUGGAGAGUACGCACCUAAAGUCGCUUCAGAUGUGGAUAGGACCAAGGCUAAGGAGACGGGAGAAAAGUCCAGCUCAAUUGGUAGCAAAACUAAGGGUAUUUUGACAACUAUCUUUGGUGAUGAUGAAGAGGAUUUUGAGCUCAUUUCGCCAGGAUCAAGUAGUACUGGCAACGUUGAUAUGGAUGAUGAGAACGAAGAAGAUGACAAUGACGAAGGUGAUGAGGAAGAUGGACUUUGGGUUACAUUAACACCCACCAGCGGAGCUAGCCCAUUCCUCGACACUCUAUUAGUCCUAGUUGUCAGUCCGUUGGUCACUUUGACCGUGGUUUACGCAUUGCUGCUGCUCAGAUCGCGUAUAAGGAGACGUCGUUGGAGAGCACCUAAAUCUGUUGUCGAAAGAUUACCUGUCAGAACUUAUCAAACUAUUAAUACCCCUGGAAGUCGAUCCCCGACGGUGCCAUCCCCGUCCAAUUCCUCAGCAACCACCCCACUUCUUUCACAUACAACACCCAGCAGACCUCGUCCGAGAUCACGGACGACAACGGGCAUACCAGAGCCUGGAGACAUUGCCCGUGUCAAUUCAAAUCCAUUACAUGUACCCGCGCUCACAGCACCUCAAGCUAAUGAACAUGAGAAAAAUGUUGGAUCACCCAGUCAAUGGAAGAAAUAUAUGGGCAAGCAAAUAGAGUGUGUAGUGUGUUUAGAAGAAUACGUGGAUGGUGUUAGUCAAGUCAUGAGUUUACCAUGUGGCCAUGAAUUUCAUGUGGAUUGCAUCACGCCUUGGUUAACAACACGUCGACGAACAUGUCCUAUCUGCAAGGGUGAUGUCGUUCGUUCUCUCGCUCGAGGAUCACCUUCUUCUCCGCGCUAUGAAGCGUACCAUGAUGACGAUAGUGAUGAUGAUAUACAAGCUCAAGCAGCGGAAACUGUAAAUACAUCCUCUUCAUCCACCCUACCCAUUUCCCGCAAUCUCGAAGAUGAAAUUGAUCUGGAUCAAGAAGUAGAAGUCCGCGAAGAGGAGAAGAAGAUAGGAAUCGGUGAAUAUUUUUCUGGAGACAGAUUAUAA